CGCUUCGCUUCUGUCCGUUUUCGUUGAGCCCCCGAAAUCCUUCCAGGUUGUUUUUGACUUGUGGAGGAGGAGGAGGAAGCUCACUGUCGUUGCCACGACCAUGGUGACGAUGGCAGCAUCGCACGGUUGCUGCUGCACUGCACUCGAUAGAUAAAUAUAUUCUUCUUCUAGCUCUUUGGCUUCUCCUGCUCCUCCUGACCUCCUCCCGAUCCCAAUCCGCCCGCCAUUGGUGCCCACUGCCUAGUGCGGUACAGGUAGAGCUCCUCUGGUACUCUGAGCUGCUCUUCUUCUUCCUCGGGCUGUCCGCUCGUUGGGAGCAAUCCGAGCCCGAAAAGGAGCGUCUUGGUCAGGGGAAGCAGGGUGGAGCAGCUGGCCAUGGGUGGCAGGUGUUUUGCGGUGCUGUGCGUGGUGCUGGCUUCUUUGGGUGGCGUCGCCGCUGAUGCGGCGGCGGUGGCGGUGCAGGAGCUGCGGCGAGGCUUCUCGGCGGCGCAUGACGGGUCGAACUCGCAGUUCGAGCCGGUGCUGUCAGACCCCGCCGGCGUCUUCGCCCUCGGGUUCCUCCGCGUGAACGCCACCAUGCUUGAUCUCGCCGUGCUCCACCUCCCGUCCUCGUUCCCGCUCUGGCGGGCCAUCCCCGACCGCCCCGCGCAGUGGUUCGCGCGCGCCUCCCUCUCCUUCGACGGCGACCUCGUGCUCACCGACCGCGCCGCCAACAAGGUUCUCUGGUCCGCCGGCGCCGCCGGCGACCGCGUGGUGCUCCUCAGCACCUCCAACCUCCAAAUCCAGAGCGGCUCGUCGCCCGGUGUCGUGUGGCAGAGCUUCGAUCGCCCGUCGGAGACCAUCGUGCAAGGCCAGAACCUUACCUCCGCGGCGGCGCUCUACACUUCCGACCGCCGCUUCGCCAUGCGGCUGGGGACCAACUACUUCGGGCUCUACAUCGAGCCGCCCCCGUCGUCGUCCGGCGGCGUCGCGGUGGCUAUGUACUGGAAGCACACGGCGCUGGAGGCCAAGGCCCAGAUCGUGGCCGGCGGUGGCCCGACGUACGUGCGCGUGGAGCCCGACGGCUACCUCGCCAUGUACCAGAAGGAGGGGCCACCCGCCGACGUCCUCCCCUUCGACACCUUCAACCACGGCGUCAAGGCGAUCCGCCGCAUGACCCUCGAGGCCGAUGGCAACCUCCGCGCCUACUACUGGGACAGAAACGGCUCCCGGUGGGUGCUCGACUACACCGCCAUAACCGACCCGUGCGACCUGCCCAGCACAUGCGGCGCCUACGCCGUCUGCGUGCCGCCCAGCGGCCGCUGCGCGUGCCUCGCCAACGCAACGGACGGCUCGGGAUGCGCCGCCGUGUCCGGAGGAGGAGAAGGCGGCGGCGGCGGCGGCCUCUGCGGCCGCACGGGCGGCGAAGUGGGCGGGCUGUACUGGGAGGUGCGGAGGCAGAGAGUGGAGCCGGCGAACAAGGAGCUCCUGCCGUUCGAGCACUCGCCGUCGGCGGCGGACUGCGAGGCGCGGUGCGCGCGCAACUGCAGCUGCUGGGGCUCCGUGUACAACAACGGCACGGGGUACUGCUACUUCAUGGACUACCCGGCGCAGAUGAUGGUUGCGGCCGACGAGAGGAAGGUGGGGUACUUCAAGGUGAGGAGCCUGGAGGAGGCGGGGAGCGGCGGUGGCGGCGGCGGGAGGGUGGCUGGUGUCAAGGUGGCGUUGCUCGCCGUCGGCGUAACGGUGCUGGCCGCUGCGGCCGCGUUCGGGGCGUACAGGGUGUGGAAGAAGAGGUGCCGCGCGGCCGCGGACGCCAGUAGGCAGGUCGGCGCCGACGACGACGGCCUCUCGCCGGGGCCGUACAAGAACCUGGGGUCCUUCAGUUCCGUCGAGCUAUCCAGCUCCUUCCGGGGGUAGCCACCUGCAAAUCUAUGGCGUCAUCCUGAGAUUUGGUGUGAUCGAUGAGAUCUGUGACGAUGAGAUGGUGGGGAAACACAUGCCGCCGGGGACGGAGAUCGGGAGAUGGCAAGGCAAACGGCGGCGGCGGCGGCGUCGGCGGCUUGAUCGGAGAGGCAGGCCGCACCGCCGCAGACCCGACCAAGACGAUGGCGAUGACAGGGAUAAUGGACUAUUUGGAGGGUUUGGGUGGGCAAGGAUGUCUCUUUGCGACUUUGGGCCAGUUUUGGUCUUUUUUAAGGGCCAUCAUAUCUUCAGGCCUCGGCCCAUUUGCUUUCGUGUUAAGAUUUCUUCAUCCAACUUAAAAUGGGAAAUUUAUUCCUACUACUGAACACGUUAUACCAUUACCUUAAGCAACAAUUAUGUUAAGUA